AUGACAGAAGAAGCAGAGUCAGGAGCUCAUCUACCUUUAACACCUGAGUUCAAGCGGCAGACACAUUUUCUACGAGAUGUCAUAUUCCACGGCAAGUUCAGGGCUCUGACUGCAGAGGAAAACGUCAGCUGCCAGCAUGGGCUCUUUUUCCAAGAUGGCCAGCGGCAUGUGGACUACAUUCUCACAUAUCCUGUUAGAGAGCCAGGUGGAGGCUGCUCCAGACAACAGUCGGAGCAACGACUCACUGAAAAUGAUGUCACCCACAACCGUGGCACCCAGACCCAAGGCGGAGCAGGGGUGGAUGUGGAGAAGGGUUGUCUGGAAGAGACUCUCAGCAGCCAAGAAGACCAGAAAUCAAUGAAGAGGCAAGAGUUCGAGGAAAAACUGAGAAAAAUAGGCCUCGAGCUAGAGAGAGACGAAGAGGCAACGACUCCUGGCAUGGGCUUUGUAAAGAUUCACGCUCCCUGGAAUGUUCUUUGUCGAGAGGCUGAGCUAAUGAAGCUAAAGAUGCCCACCAAAAAAGUAUAUGAAGUGCAGCCAUCCAGCAGUGUUCUGAAAAAGAUCAGCUCUCUUGUCAGUAAAGUUUCGGAGCCGCUGCACCCUCACGUUGAGGAACAUCAUCAGACAAACAUCAAACAAUUGUCCCACACGUUCUCCAGGGAAAAACAGCACCUGUUUGACUGCUCAGACAAAGACAACUUCUUGGACAGCAGAACAAGGAGCUCCAUAGUAUUUGAGAUUUUAAAAAGAACCAAAUGCAAGACGAAAUACAACAUGGGAAUCACCAGUCUCCUUGGCAGCGGUGUUUACACAGCAGCUUACCCUCUUCAUGAUGGAGAUAUCGAAGAAAGUGCAGAACCCAAUGACAGAAAGCUUCUGUAUGAGGAGUGGGCCAACUACAGUGUUUUCUAUAAGUACCAGCCGAUCGGGCUUGUGCGGAAGUAUUUUGGUGAGAAGAUUGGUCUUUACUUUGCUUGGCUGGGUCUGUACACCCAGAUGCUAAUUCCUGCCUCUCUAGUGGGAGUCAUUGUUUUUCUCUAUGGAUGUGCAACAGUCAAUGACAACAUACCAAGCAUGGAGAUCUGCCAUCCAAAAAACAAUGUCACAAUGUGCCCUCUGUGCGACAGAGUGUGUAGCUACUGGAAACUUAACACAGCAUGUGGAACCGCCAGAGCCAGUCACCUGUUUGAUAACCCUGCCACUGUGUUCUUCUCUAUAUUCAUGGCUUUGUGGGCUGCCAUGUUCAUGGAGCACUGGAAGAGAAGGCAGAUGAAGCUGUGCUACGAAUGGAACCUCACUGGAUUUGAAGAUGAAGAGGAUCACCCCAGAGCUGAAUAUGAGAUCAGAGUGAUGCAGAAGUCUCUGAAGAUGGACCAGAAGUCCCAUCACAAGGUUGAAAAGCUCACAUGUGGAGAUCGCCUUCCUGCCUACAUGGCAAACCUUGUUAUGAUCCUUUUAAUGAUUGGCGUGACGUUCGCCAUUGUGUUCGGUGUCAUUUUGUACCGAAUCUCCACCAAAGCUGCUCUUCACAUGAGUUCUAGUCAGAUCUCUAAAAACCACGUACAGCUGACGGUGAAAACCACGGCAGCCAUCAUCAACCUCGUGGUCAUCCUCAUUCUGGAUGAAGUUUAUGGCGCUGUGGCACGAUGGCUUACAGUUCUGGAGGUGCCAAAGACUGAGAAAAGUUUUGAAGAACGACUCAUCUUUAAGACCUUCGUCCUGAAGUUUGUUAAUGCUUUCACCCCCAUCAUCUACAUCGCUUUCUUCAGAGGAAGGCUGGUAGGGAGACCAGGGAGGUACUUGUAUGUGUUUGAGUCCUACCGAAUGGAAGAGUGUACCCAUGGAGGCUGUCUAAUGGAGCUGUGCAUCCAGCUGAGUAUCACUAUGCUGGGAAAGCAACUGAUACAAAACAACCUGUUUGAGAUUGGAGUACCCAAACUGAAGAAGCUGAUUCGAUUCAUUCGUUCAAAACAAAGAGCUUUUCAAGGAGAAGAGAGACAGAAGAAGUUGAAGAGAUACGAAACGGAUCACUUCUUAGAGCCGUUUGCUGGAUUAACCCCUGAAUACAUGGAAAUGAGUCACAAUCACUGGAGCAUGGGGGCGGUGCGGAGCAAGCCUGUCCUGAUGCAGCACAACCAGGUAGCCCCAGUUAGGAAGCUUCAUCCAGUAUAG